CAACAAGCUUAUAGAUAUUGCACAGUUCAGUUUAUACGUUAUUUCGCAAGCAAUUGAUUUGGUUAUACGAAAUUUUCAUCAAAUUCAAAAAAAUGAAAUUUUUAUUUUCCUUAUUUUUUAUAUUACUCAUCGAAUGUUUUAUUUUAUGGUGUGAAGGGAAUCCAAAUAAAAAAAACGUACAAUAUGCUGUUGUAAUUGAUGCUGGUUCAUCGGGUAGCCGUGUGGUUGCGUAUCAAUUUUACAAUGAUAGUUGGAAUGCUGGAUUGACUUUGGGUGAUGAAUUGUAUGAAGAAACUCAGCCGGGACUUAGUGCUUUCGUUGAUAGCCCAGCGGAGGGCGCACAAGCAAUUAAUGAAUUAUUAUUGAAAGCGAAAAAAUUUGUGCCCAAGCAUUUAUGGAAAAAAACACCAGCUGUAUUGAAAGCAACAGCUGGUUUAAGAUUAUUACAUUCAGCCAAAGCCGAAAAAAUAUUAAAAGAAGUACGUAAGGUAUUUUCAAAAUCGGGCUUUCUCAUCACAAAUAAUGCCGUCGAAAUCAUGGACGGCGAUAAUGAAGGAGUUUAUUCAUGGUUUGCUGCCAAUUUUUUGCUGGAUCGAUUUGGUAGUAACAGUGCUACAGUGGCUACAUUGGACCUCGGAGGUGCCAGCAUGCAAGUGACAUUUUCAUUGAAAAAUGCGUCCGAAAGACGUUUGUUGGCCGAACAUAUAAAAACGGUAUCGACAUCAAAAGGACCAAUGGACGUCUUUACAAAUAGUUAUUUGUGUUCGGGUUUACAAGCUGUUCGAGAUUCUAUAUACGCAUCCACCAAACCAGAUGGCAUUAAGACUGGUACUUCGUGCAUAAAUGGAUCGUUUAAUUUUGAUAUGGAUCAGUAUUCCGAUUGGGCUGCGAAUUCAGCCAUCCAUUUCGAUGCAUGUGCUGAUUUAUUUAGACUAAAAACAAUGAGCUUGAUCAAGCAAAAACCACUGACAUUGAGUCAAAAUGAAAUCGUUGCCACCAAUUAUUUUUAUGAAUUUGCCACCGAAACCGGACUAGUUGAUCCGGCCAGAGGGGGUGAACUUACUGUUGGUGAUUUUAUGUCAAAAGCAAGCCAAUUGUGUGUAAAUGUGGGCAAACAUAAUGCUGUAACAUGUCUUGAUAUGACGUAUAUUGCAGUAUUGCUAAAAGAUGGAUACGGUCUGCAUCCUUCAACUAAAAUAAGCGUAUACCGCUAUAUCAACAAUCAUAGAGUCAACUGGCCAUUGGGAUGUGCUUAUGAUUUGUUGACUUCGACGAAAAGGAUUUUCAUAUGACGUUAAAAGAAUCGAGAAUUGGAAUAAAAAUUUUAUUGUAUUAAAACCACAAAUAAAUAUCAAUAAAACAAUUUUUAAAGCAAUUGAUUAAAGUAAAAAA